AAAAUUUAUCCACCAGUUGAAGAUAAAAGUAAUCGUAGGAUAGUUUUUAAAAAUUUAACUAAUAAAGUGCUAAUUCAAAAAUCAUGACAAGUUUCAAUUGUCGUCAAGUGUGUCGCGUCAACGUGGACCCAGAAGACGAUAUUGUGAUUUCGGGUAUUUCAGGAAGAUUUCCAAAGUCGCACAAUGUUGCUGAGCUGAGUCAUAACUUGUUUAAUAAGAUUGACAUGAUUGAUUCCUGUGAAACAAGAUUUAAAUAUUUUAAUGGCGAAACUCCGGAUCGUAUUGGAUUUACUUACGAUCUUGAUAAGUUUGAUGCACAUUUUUUCUCAGUUAAAAAUCGCUUUGCUAUGUAUACGGAUCCACAACAAAGAAUGCUUCAAGAACAUGCUUAUGAAGCAAUGAUUGAUGCUGGAAUGUGUCCAAAACAUUUUCGUGGAAGUAAAACUGGCGUUUUUGUUGGUUGUUGUACAGUUGAGGCUGAUGAUUACUUAUUUUUUAAUGAAGUUUCAAAAGAGAGCUUGGGAAUGCUUGGAUCAGCUCGUUCUCUGCUAGCGAAUCGUAUUUCGUUUUCUUUGGACCUUAAAGGCCCAUCACUAAUGGUUGAUACAGCUUGCAGUAGCUCUGGUUAUGCCUUAAAUUUGGCAUAUAAAGCUAUUCGUAAUGGCGAAUGUGAAGCAGCAAUUGUCGGCGGAGCUAAUAUUAUUAUUGAUGAAUCUGUAACAGCUCAAUUUGCUAGAUCGGGAUUAUUAGCUAUGGACGGAUUUUGCCGUCCCUUCGAUGACAAUGCUCAUGGUUUUGUUCGAUCAGAGUCUGUCAACACACUGUUUUUGCAAAAAAGAAAGGAUGCAAAAAGAGUUUAUGCAACGGUGGUCCAUUCAAAAACAAAUGUGGAUGGUUUUAAAAACGAAGGCUUGUCAUUUCCAUCAGCAACAUUUCAAGCUAAAUUAUUUGAAGAGCUUUAUCAAGAAAUCGGAAUUAAUCCAAACACUGUUGAUUAUGUUGAAUGUCACGGCACAGGAACAAGAGUUGGAGAUCCACAAGAGUGCAUGUCAAUUGACCAAGUGUUUUGUGCUGAUCGAACAAAGCCACUUUUAGUUGGAUCUAUGAAAUCAAACAUGGGUCAUACAGAAGCUGCUUCAUCGAAUUCUUCUGUUAUAAAAUCCAUUUUGAUUUUUGAGAACGGCAAAAUUCCACCAGUGCUUCAUUUUACAAAAGUUCGACAAGAUAUCCCAUCAUUAGUUGCUGGACGACUUAAACCAGUUUCUGAAAUUCAAGAUUUUGAAGGAAGCUUGAUUGGUAUCAAUAGUUUUGGUUUCGGUGGUGCGAAUUCUCAUAUUUUGUUGAAAAAACACUCAAAGGAUAAAGUUAAUAAUGGAAUUGCAACUGAUAACAUUCCACGAUUAUUAGUUUGGUCUGGAAGAACAGAAGAAGCAUUAAAUACAAUUUUCGAUAGUGUUACAAAGCAACCACUCGAUGCUGAAUAUAUUGCACUUCUUCAAAAUACACAAGUUUCAACUCAAUCGUCUAAUACUUAUCGUGGAUAUGCUCUGUUUUCACAAGAUCCUGAAUCUUCAAAUGCAACUUGCAUUGAACGUCAUAUUGAAAAUUUUGCUGAAGAAAGAAGACCUAUAGUUUGGGUAUUUAGUGGAAUGGGAUCUCAAUGGCCAGGUAUGGGUGCUGAUUUGAUGAAAAUUCCAAUUUUUGAGAGUUCUAUCAAGAGAUGUCAUGACAUCUUAGCCAAGAAAGGAGUAGACUUGAUCAAAAUCAUUACAUCAGAUGAUCCAACAAUUUUUGACAAUAUCUUGCAUUCAUUCGUUGGCAUAUCAGCAGUUCAACUUGCUUUGACGAAUGUUUUGAAAGCUGUUGGACUUGAACCAGAUUAUAUUGUUGGACAUUCAUUUGGUGAACUUGGAUGUGCAUAUGCAGAUAAUUGCUUAACGGAAGAGGAAAUGAUUCUAUCUUCAUACUAUCGUGGACUUGUUUCUAUCCAAAAUAAAAAUAAAACAAUUUUUGGAUCAAUGGCUGUUGUUGAAGUUGGAUAUCAGCAAAUAAAAUCAAUGCUUGAUGAUGGAAUCCAUGUUGCUUGUCACAAUAGUGGGGAUUCUUGUACGAUUUCAGGACCAGCUGAAAUUGUAGCUCAAUUUGUCGAAAAACUAAAGAUACAAAAUAUUUUUGCAAAGGAACUUCAAUGUUCAAAUAUUGCUUACCACAGUCCAUAUAUUAAUGAAUUUGGUCCAAAAUUAGAAAAUGUUUUAAAAUCGAUUAUUCCAAAUCCAAAACAACGAUCAGACAAGUGGAUUUCUACAAGUGUACCAAAGAAUGAGUGGAACUCGGUUGAAAGCAAAUAUUCUUCAGCUCAAUACCAUACAAAUAAUUUAUUGAAUCCAGUACUGUUCGAAGAAAAUUGUGAGCAUCUUCCGAAAAACCCAAUUAUUAUUGAAAUUGCACCUUAUGGCUUGUUGCAGGCGAUUAUUAAGAGAAACUUAUCUGACAAUAUUUAUUUUAGUUUGACAAAGCGUGAGAGUUGUGAAGGAUCAAUGUUACUUUAUAGAACCCUUGGAAAUUUAUUUGAAAAUGGAGUUGACUUAGAUUUGAGCAAACUUUAUCCAACAAUUGAAUUUCCUGUAUCAAGAGGAACUCCAAUGAUUGCACCAUCAAUAAAAUGGAAUCAUGCUGAAUCAUAUUACACUACAAAAUAUGACAGUAGAACUUUCAAUGAAAAAGUUUUUAAUUUGUCUGAUACAGAGUUUGAAUUCAUCUCAGGACAUGAGAUCGAUGGACGUAUUCUAUUUCCAGCUACAGGGUAUAUGUAUUUGGCAUGGAAAACUCUCGCAGCUCAGUUAAGGGAAAAUUUUGAAACUUUUGAUGUCGAGUUUGAAGAUAUCAAAUUCAUUCAAGCAUGUCAAGUUCAGAAGGAUUGCGACCAAAAAUUGACAGUUUUUGUGCUGCCAGAAACUGGUCAUUUCCAAAUAAGUGAAAAUAAUUUAACACUUGUUACUGGAAUCGUUCGUCCUUGUGAUAAUUCUAAAAAAUUAACUGAAAUUGAAACAGAAGAAUCAAAAGAUGAAGUUGUGGAACUUGAGUCUGCAGAUGUCUAUAAGGAACUUCGUCUAAGAGGCGCUAUCUAUAAAAACAUAUUUAGAUCAGUUAUUUCAGCUAAAAUGGACAGUUCAAGAGGAAAAAUUAAAUGGCAAUCAAAUUGGAUUGCAUUUCUUGAUUGUAUACUUCAAGUUCGAAUUGUGUCAAAGGAUACAAGGUCACUUGAAGUUCCUAUUGCUAUUAAAAAAGUGAUCAUUAAAAAAAAUGAACACGAGAAAUUAAUGUCAGAGCUUGGUGAAAAUCCAAUUGUUGAAGUAAAAUACUGUCCAAAUAUGAAAAUCCUAAGAUGUGGUGGUGUCGAAUUUGGUGGUCUAAUGCCACAAUCUAUUGGAAGACGUCCUUUAAAAGGAAUUCCAGUACUUGAAAGUUAUCAAUUUGUACCUCACUUUCCAACUCCGUGCUUUUCUAAAAUUGACAUUGGACGCUUUUGUGUGGAAUUGGCACUCGAAAACGAUAUUGCUAAAAACGUAACAUGUGUUGAGAUUGACAUGAACGAUGAUAGAGAACCAUUGUGUGAAUAUUUUGGACAGGCAUUGAAUGAUGUUCCUCUUGUGACGGGAGAAUUAAACUAUUUGACAUCCAAAGAUAUUGAAAUCUUUCAAACAACUGUCUCAAAUUCAGAAUUGUCAACAUUCAGCAACCAAACAUUUAUAAUUAAAUCAAAUUGUAUGUUUGAUGCUGAUUUCUUAGAGAAUGUGAAGAAAUACAUUAGUGAAAAUUCCUACAUCAUUUCUAGGGAAUCAAAGGAUCGUGAAAUUUAUCAUGAUUUUGAAGGAUGUGAAGGUUAUAAAAUAGUUGCUAUCAUUCCAACUGAAACGGAGACUGUAGUAAUGAUGAAUUACAAAAAGGUCCCGCAUCCAUGUCCAACAUCAAUAAUCAAAAUUACAAAUACCGAUCAAAGUUAUUCAUGGCUUGAUAUUUUAAAGAAAACAGCAAAAACGGAACCGACAUUAGUUUAUUCUGAAAAUGAAAGCCAAUCAGGAAUUUUGGGACUCGUUAAUUGUAUCAGAAAGGAACCAAGUGGACAUAAUUUACGUUGUGUAUUCAUCGAUGAUAAAUCAGCACCGCCAUUUGAUAUUAACGAUCCAUUUUACAAAGCACAGCUUAACAAACGUUUAGCUAAAAACAUUUUUCGAAAUGGAAAAUGGGGAAGCUAUAAACACUUCCUGGUUAAACCUAUCUAUGAAGCAUUACGACAUGAAGGUUAUUGUUAUGUAAACAGUUUAAUUAGAGGUGAUCUCUCUUCUAUCAAAUGGCUUCAAAGUCCAAUCAAGAAUGAUUCUGACAAUAUUGUAAAGGUUCAAUAUGCUGCAUUAAACUUUAAAGAUAUCAUGUUGGCUACAGGAAAAUUAUCAGCUGACACAGUGAGUGAGAAUAGAAUGGAAUUAAUGUGUAUAAUGGGAAUGGAAUUUUCUGGCAUAACAAAAGAAGGACGUCGUGUUAUAGGAGUAAAACCUGCUGGUGCAAUGGCAACUCAUGUUGAAGUAGAUGAAUUGAUGUCAUGGGAAGUUCCUGAUCAUUGGACACUUGAAGAAGCUGUUACUGUUCCAAUUGUCUAUGGUACUGUUUAUACAGCAUUUUUCAUCACAACCAAAAUCAAGAAGGGAAAAUCAAUUUUGAUUCAUGCUGGCUCAGGCGGGAUUGGAUUGGCAGCUAUUCGAGUAGCAUUUGCUUAUGGCUUGGAAGUUUUUACAACAGUUAGUACAGAAGAGAAGAAAAACUACUUGUUGAAUGAGUUCCCUGAACUAAAACGAGAAAAUAUUGGAAAUUCCCGUGAUACAUCGUUUGAAGGUAUGAUCAUGAAACAGACUCGAGGUAACGGAGUUGAUUAUGUGCUGAAUUCUUUAUCUGAAGAAAAGUUAGCAGCAUCUGUUCGCUGUUUAGGUAGAGGUGGAAAGUUCCUGGAAAUUGGUAAAUUUGAUAUGGCCAAUGACAAUAAGUUAAGUCUUGGUGACUUCUUGAGAGAACUUUCUUUCCAUGCUAUUUUUCUCGAUCGCAUAUUUAAAGCAUCAUAUGAUGAAAAAAAGACUAUAAGUGAACUUUUUUACGAGGGCAUGUGUAAAGGAAUAAUUAAGCCAUUGAAAACAAGUGUAUUUAAUAUCGAUAAAGUUGAAGAUGCAUUCAGACUCUUAGCAAGUGGCAAACACAUUGGAAAAGUUGUUCUUAAAAUUCGUGAGAACGAAUCCGACAAUGCAACAUUACCAAUCUCAGUUAUACCAAGAGUUUAUUGCAAUCCAGAACAUUCUUACAUUAUUUGUGGUGGUUUAGGAGGUUUUGGUUUAGAACUUGCUGACUGGUUGGUUUUGAGAGGUUGCAAAAAUUUAAUUUUGAGUACAAGCCGAGGAAUAACAAAACAAUAUCAAGCAUUUCGAAUUAAAAUAUGGGAAACUUAUGGAGUCCACGUGCAGGUUAAUAAGUCAGACAUUACCACAAGACAAGGAUGUGAACAAUUGAUUGAUGAUGCUCUUAAGCUUGGCACAGUUGGAGGAAUUUUCAAUUUAGCACUUCAAUUGCGAGAUGGUAUUCUGGAAAAUCAAACAGUCACCUCUUUUGAUGAAUGUAUGGCACCAAAGGCUUAUGCAACUAAAUAUUUGGAUGAAAUCUCAAGAACCAAGUGCCCAUCAUUGCAGUAUUUUGUAAUUUUCUCAAGCGUUGCUUGUGGACGUGGAAAUGCAGGUCAAAGCAACUAUGGUAUGGCUAACUCUGUGAUGGAAAGAUUGAUGGAGGAACGACACAAUUUAGGAUUACCAGCAAAAGCAAUUCAGUGGGGUGCGAUAGGAGAAGUUGGAAUAGUUGCGGACCUUCAAGAAGAUAAUAUUGAUAUGGAAAUUGGAGGAACUUUAGUUCAGAGGAUAUCUUCUUGUAUAUAUGAACUCGACACUUUGAUGACUGAAGAAAAGACAGUUGUCUCAAGCAUGGUUGUAGCUGAAAAAACAGUUCAAAGGUCUGGAAAAGGUGGCGUUAUUGAAAUGCUUAAGAAUAUCAUGUCAAUAAAGGAUAUGAAAUCAGUUUCGAUGGAAACAAAACUUUCAGAACUUGGCAUGGAUUCAUUAAUGACGGUCGAAAUUUCUCAAACUUUAGAACGAGACUUUAACAUUGUGUUGACAGUACCGCAACUACGAUCUUUGACAGUAGGACAAUUAAAAGCGCUUGAAAAUAGUGAUACAGAUGCAGUUCCAAAAACGGGACAAAUUAAUUUAGAAUUUUUUGUUAAGAAUUUAGGAGAUGAAAGUACAAGCCACCUGACCAUACUAAAGGUUAAUGAUCAGUUAGAAGAAAGCAAUACGAAAGCAUUAAUAUUCCCUGGAAUUGAAGGUGUUGGUGGAAAAUUGCUCAAAGAUUUCGCAAAACAAACAAAAUAUCCAACUUAUUUACUCCAAUGCCUAAAUAUUUCGAAUAUUAAUAACUUUAAUGAGAUGCGCGAUGCUUUAAUUGAGGAUGUUGCUAAAUUGUACGCAAAUGACUCAACAUUCCUAUUUAUUGGAUACUCUUAUGGAUCAAUAUUAACUUUGAAAUUGGCAAAAAUGCUUGAAGAUUUAGGAAAAACUGGCAAAGUCAUCAUUAUUGAUGGCUCUCCUAGUUUGUCAAAGAAAAUGCUCAACGCGAUAAAGCCCGAAUCAGAAAUUGACGAUCAAAUGAUUGAAACACUUGCUAUGGAUUCAAGUUUAAAGUAUGCUUUCCCAAAUGAUACUAGUAACCGUAGAAAACAAGUUCUAGAUGAGCCUACUUGGGAUGCAAAAUUGAAGAAGUUAAAUGAGAUUUAUUUGGAUUUUGAAAUCUAUUCCAAAGAAUUUUUCUCAAAAGCUACAACACUUGUAAAGAAUCGUAUAACAGCAGGAUAUUAUUUAUCUUUAGAUGACUUUGCGAUCAUAAAGUCACCGAUAAAAUUAGUGAAACCAACUGAAGCACUAGUUUUUAACGAAGAACAUGAUUUUGGAUUAAAUAAAUUUUCAGACAGUGAAAUUGAAGUGACAAUUCUUGAAGGAAAUCACACAACAAUCUUAGAACAUCCGGAUGUUUUUAAAAUCAUUAAUUCUUCUUUUUAAAUUAAUUUUGAGUUUUUUUGGUUUUUUAAAUGGUUUUAUUAAAAGUUUAAGCUUUUAAUUAAGGGUCAUGGAAUAAUUAUUAAAAAACUAUUUAUAAAAUGGACUAUAUCCCCUAAUACAAAAAAAAAUAAAAAUUUGAACAGAUAAUAUA